CAACCCCCGGGUGUGGGCCUUCAAGCGGUUAUUCCCCAUCUCGAUUCAGUUCUUCCCAAGCGGCAAUUCAAAACAGUUCGGCUCACGAUGAAGUCCACCGUAUCGUUGAUUUUGCUACUGGCCAUUUCCGGAGUUCGUAGCUUAGAGUGCUACAGCUGCGAUUCGGAUCUGAUGGAUGAGGACUGCGAUGCCAUCGCAACACUGCCGAAGCAGACCUGCCAGGACGUGUCCGAUUUCCAACUGGUUUCCCUGACCUGUGGCUAUAAAAGGGUGCAAGUUGGAAACCUGACGGAACGAAUCUUUCGGGGAUGCGUGGUAGCGGGAGAGUGCAGCCUGUUCAACCGGCAGAGUGAGCUCACCUCGAAGUAUCGCAUGCUGUCUUGCGUGGAGUGCAACUCGGAUCACUGUAACACCAUGAGAAGCGGAGCUGGAAGGGGUGCCAUUGGCGGAAUAGCCGGAAGUGUUGUGAUGUUGCUUUCGAUUUUUGUUUCUAGAGGUCAAGUAAUGUAAUACGUUGACUUUUUAUCCAUAGUAUAGAGCGCUGUAAAAAAAGAUGCAGGAUUCAAUAACGAACGCCUUUUCUAAAGAUAUCAUAAUAAAACUAUCCAAAUACGAUUUUGAAGGAA